UUGUCUUUGCUUGACUGGCCAACUUCCCAUCUUUUCUGGCAAAUUUUAUCUGUAGCCUUCUGUCACCAUAAUAAAAUACCUGUGAUAAUUUAUAAAGGGAAAAAUGUUUAUUUUCGCUCACGGUUUUGGAGAUUCUGGAUCAGUUCAUCCCCUUAAGUUGGGCUUUUGGGGAGGCAGCACACCAUGAUGGGUGAGUGCAGUGGAGCAAAACUGCUCACAUCACAAGCCAGGGAGCAAACAGGAAGACCAGGCUCCCAUCAUCCCCUUCCUGGGCGCAUGCUCAGUGACCCAACUUCCGUCCACUAGGCUCCACCUCUUAAAGGACCCACUGCUUCCUAAUAGAGUCACCUUGAGGACCAAGCCUUAGUGUAUGGGUCUUUGUGGAACAUUCUACAUUUCACCCCCCUCAACCCUCUCAAAAGAAACUGGCUUCUAUAUUGCUUUCCUAGAUUCCUGCUUCUUUUAUGUGUCUAUCAUUCUAAUCCUGUUGCCGUGCCUACUUCUGACAAUAUUGUGAGCACUUCCAGGGAAAGAUUUAUACUUUACACAGUUGUGUAUCUUGAGCACACAGCCUGGAGCAUGGAGUAAUCACUAAAUGUUUCCAUGAAUAUGUCUAGGCAUGGAUGAAUGAGUGAAAAUGGGAUUUUAAUGGGGUUGGAGACAUCCAGGAUGGCUUCCUGGAGAAGGAGGCUUGUGGUGUCCUCAUGAGGUGGGUGAAAGGUAAGUGGGACAAGAGAAAACUAAACUGCCAGUAUUUCAUGUCUCCUUUCUGGGUGCUUUACAAGUCGCUGACUGAUUGCAGCAGCAGGUGACUAAUGGCCAGCAGCGUUCUGACAGUCCCUGCUGACAGGCGGUAAUGAGAUUAGUGCCUUUUGAUUCCAUUAUUAACAAGUGGGCAAAGAAUCAUUUGGACAUGUCAGGAGCUAAUGAUAGGAAUUAAGGGUUCCUCUAACUUUGGGGCAGCAGUUCAGGUACUUGAUGCUUUGAAGGCUAAUUGCAGGCAUCUCUCCUUUUAAAUAUUUUAAAAUAAACAUUUUUGUGGAUAUAGAAUAUAUAUAAAAAUUGUACCAUCAUAAGUGUUCAGCUUGAUUAAUGAUCACAAAAUGAGCCUAUCAAUGCAAUCAGCAUGAGACCAGGGUGUCGGCUGUUGCUGAAAGUCAGAGCCACAAGUACCCCAUGUGCUUCUCCCAGUUACCACUUGUCCCCCUUCUUCCCACCGGUGGUAGCUGACCACUAGCUUAGCAGCAGGGAUUAAUUUGGCCACUUUUGAAACUUUAUGUAAAUUAAAUUGAAUGGUGUAUUGCUUACCAGGUACUUUCUUCAUCUGCUCCAUACUGUGUCUGUCAGCCGCAUGCAUGUUGGGGUAUCGAUGGAUCAUGUGUUCCCAUCACUAUGUGUCAUCGCACCGUAUAAACACACCAACUUUUAUAAAGCUGUUUGACUAUUGACGGAUGUUAUUUCUGGUUUUUAGCUGCUAUUCAUAUGGAUGCUCUUGCCUAUCUUUUGGUGGACACAGAUAUCCCUCUGCUGGGCACCAGGUCACUGGAAGGACUGAGCGCUUUCGGGAGCCUGGAGGAACUCAUCUUGGACAACAAUUUGCUCGGGGACGACCUCACGUUGCCAGGGUUACCCCAGCUCCACACCUUAACCCUCAACAAGAACCAAAUAUCUGAUUUAGAGUGUCUGCUUGAUCACCUGGCAGAAGUGACACCGGCUCUGGAGUACCUCAGCUUGCUGGGUAAUGUGGCCUGUCCCAAUGAGCUGGUCAGUUUGGAGAAGGAUGAGGAAGACUACAAGAGGUACAGAUGCUUUGUUCUGCAUAAACUGCCUAGGUUGAAGUUUUUGGAUGCCCGGAAAGUAACUAGACAAGAACGAGAAGAGGCAUUGGUCAGAGGGGCCUUCAUGAAGGUGGUGAAGCCCAAGCCUUCCAAUGUGGACAUUGCUGACUCUCAGGAGCACCAGUACACACCCCUGCCUUCUGCUUCCAGAGAACUCACCAGUCACCGAGGGGUCCUGGGCAAGUGUCACUAUGUUUACUGUGGGAAAAACUCCGAGGGCAACAGGUUUAUCCGAGAUGAUCAGCUCUGAAGACAAACUCUGUAUACCUUUGCUUAUUUUGUGAAAAUAAAAAGAAAAGGGAAGAAAAAUAAAAAGCCAAAGAAAGAAACAA